AUGCUCGAAGAAUCCACUGAGACCUCCGACGAAAUUGAUACGAUGGCUCCAGAGCUGGGCAACCCAUCCACAUGGACGUCUCUCGGACUCUCGCUGUCCAUUGUUGGUCAACGUCCCGCCAUCAUCCUCCCCAAUCGUCUUAACCACGACUGGCAGAAACGUCUCAUCGAAAAGGGCCGCAAAGAAAGUGUCAGCGUCAACCCGAAUUUUGAAGUUGGACGGCUUGGCCCGGUUCUGCCCGACGAGAUGAAAAAUGGCCUUCUUGCUAAGCUGUACAGCGGAAUCAGUUUGGACAAGCCGUUCGAUCAUCCUGAAAUCCUGGCCGAAUGUCACGAAAAUGGCACGGUGGCGCAUCUCAUUGCACGAUCUUUCGGGCGCAUCUCCGAUCCGGCUCGUUCCGUUUUACCAAAUUCAGAAUCACGUGGGACAAUCGACUAG